GACUCUCCCUUGUCCGUUGUGUCAUUUAUCUGUCAGAUUUGACUACUUCUAAAACUUCUUUCUUUUUCCAACGAGCCGUGUAUACGGGACGAGCUCACCAAGAUGGUGAACAACCGGGUGCCCUCGGUAUUCUCCAAAACCUACGUGACGCCGCGUCGUCCCUUUGAGAAGGCGCGUCUCGACCAGGAGUUGAAGAUCAUCGGCGAGUAUGGUCUUCGCAACAAGCGCGAGGUGUGGCGCGUGAAGUACACGCUCGCGAGGAUCCGUAAAGCUGCCCGUGAACUGCUCACCCUCGAAGAGAAAGAUCCUAAGAGAUUGUUUGAAGGUAAUGCCCUUCUCCGUCGUUUGGUCCGUAUUGGAGUGCUGGAUGAGAAACAAAUGAAGCUUGAUUAUGUACUUGGUUUGAAGAUUGAAGACUUCUUGGAGCGUCGUCUGCAGACUCAAGUCUUUAAGGCCGGUCUCGCUAAGUCCAUUCAUCAUGCUCGUAUCUUGAUCAGACAGAGGCAUAUUCGCGUCCGCAAGCAAGUGGUGAACAUUCCCUCGUUCAUCGUUCGCCUGGACUCUGGCAAACACAUUGACUUCUCACUGAAGUCGCCCUUCGGCGGCGGACGGCCCGGCCGCGUUAAGAGGAAGAACCUGCGCAAGGGCCAGGCUGGUGGCGGCGGCAACGACGAAGAGGAGGAUUAGUCAAUAAAUGACAUUUCUU